CAAGACCAAGCGCGCCGCAACGAGGAAUAUAAAUCGAAUCAUCGACCUCAGCUUACUCCAUAAUUCUCCAUCUCCAAUGCUCUGAAAUACCUUCAUCCCGCAGCGUACAGCGUACAGCUUACAGCUCUCGCAACAUGUCUUCAUUCACUCAGCCGAUGCCAGUAGUUGCCUGCGGCAGAAUACCCGCGAUGGGGAAAUCGAUCUCUCAGCACCUUCUGCCUGAAUAUGAAGUCAUCCACUUCAUCCUGUCAUAUGAGGCUGCAGAGGCUGAGCUCCCGCAUCUGCUUGCAGGUCGUGAUCCUCAGUCUCGGAGCCCCAAUGAGAUCGGAACCCACGAUUACAGCCGGCCUCCUCGCGCGGUAAUCUUCGGUCGUGGCUAUGAGCCUCAGCAGGUUGAAGAGCUUAAGAAGAAAUUCGCGGGUGUUGCUAAAGAACCUGUUGCUUGGGUGAGGGGGAACCCAGCGGAUUUGCCUGCCGGCGCCGCUGGGCCUGACUAUGCUCGGAAUAUCGCGGCGGAUAUGAAGAAGGUGCUUAAUAAAUGGAGGGACGGGGAAGGAAAAGAUGAAGAGAUUUUGGUGUACUAGUUGCUUUGUCGGGGAGAGAUUAUCUGAUGCCUUGCUUUUUGCCAGUUCGAAUCUCACAAACACAAAUUCAAACGCCGAUUCUUCAAGGAUAUAUGUAAGUGGUCUUGGACUUCGCUAGUUGGUCCCCUGGGCGUCGAUCUUUUGGCGGUCGAUGUACUUCUUCUGGUCGAGGCAUAGAAUGAGAAUAGGAGAUUGAGCAUCCAAAUGUUUACACCAAAAUCCAUGCAUUAAAG